GGGGGGAGGAAAAACACUAAAGGGGUAGCUAUGGAGAUAUAACGUUUUCCUGGCUGCUUUCUUUGACAGGUGUUGAGUGGGUAAAAGUCUUAAAACAGAAUCCAGCAUGUACGCCAAAGGUAAAGGAGCUGUCGUCCCUUCUGAUAGUCAAGCGAGAGAAAAGUUAGCUUUAUAUGUGUACGAGUACUUGCUGCAUGUUGGUGCACAGAAAUCCGCACAGACCUUCCUGUCAGAGAUCCGAUGGGAGAAGAAUAUCACUCUAGGAGAGCCGCCCGGGUUCCUGCACUCCUGGUGGUGUGUAUUCUGGGAUCUGUACUGCGCAGCUCCGGACCGGCGGGAGACGUGCGAACAUUCCAGUGAGGCCAAGGCUUUCCACGACUACAGUGCAGCAGCAGCGCCCAGUCCCGUGAUGGGCAACAUGCCUCCUAACGAUGGCAUCCCAGGCGGGCCCAUGCCUCCCGGAUUCUUUCAAGGCCCCCCUGGUUCACAGCCCUCUCCCCACUCCCAGCCACCCCCACACAACCCCAACAACCCCAUGAUGGGACCCCACGGUCAGCCAUUCAUGUCUCCACGGUACCCAGGUGGACCCCGUCCGUCACUCCGCAUGCCAAACCAGCCUCCAGUGGGCGUGCCAGGGUCACAGCCCCUCCUGCCCAACAGCCUGGACCCCACAAGGCCGCAGGGACAUCCAAACAUGGGCGGCCCGAUGAGGAUGAACCCGCCCAGGGGAAUGGGAGGUAUGGGCCCACAGAACUACGGUGGCGGGAUGAGGCCCCCUCCGAACUCUCUCGGCGGGCCAGCCAUGUCGGGAAUGAACAUGGCUCCUGGCGGCCGAGGUCCCUGGCCAAAUCCUAACCCGAACUCAAUAGCGUACUCAUCUUCAUCACCUGGAAACUAUGUGGGCCCUCCAGGGGGUGGCGGACCCCCAGGGACGCCCAUCAUGCCCAGCCCAGGAGACUCAACAAAUUCCAGUGAAAACAUCUACACCAUGAUGAACCCAAUUGGCCCCGGUGGCAACAGACCUAAUUUCCCAAUGGGGCCCGGCCCUGACGGCCCGAUGGGUGGAAUGGGCUCGAUGGAACCGCACCAUAUGAAUGGGUCACUAGGCUCGGGGGAUAUGGACGGGUUGCCCAAGAACUCUCCAAACAACAUGGCAGGUAUGAACAACCCACCAGGGACCCCGCGGGACGAUGGCGAGAUGGCAGGCAACUUCUUAAACCCAUUCCAAAGUGAAAGUUAUUCACCCAACAUGACGAUGAGUGUUUGAUUUUUCCCCCCCCCACCUUUUUUUUAAUUUUGUUUUUUCAAUUUUACUUUAUUCCCUUUUUUCCCCUCCUUCUGCUUCUGUCCCCUGUCCUCUCUGCCGCAUCCGGCGGGGUUCUCGCUCCGCUCUCUGCCCCGUCUCCUCCUCCCCCUCCCCUUCCGACGCUCCCGGCUUGUGGUGGGCGG